CCAUUUCCACGAAACUUCGCGAAUUUUUUUCCCAUUUUCUCCUUAGGGUUUUGAUCAAUUUCCAUUUUGGUACCAUAAAGUUCUGAUCUUUGAGCAAUUUUAGUAUCAGGAAAUGCACAAUUUCUUCAAAAUUUUCUGAGGAUUUUAACUUAAAAUUUGGUUAAUUUAAAGGAUAAUAUAAAUGGAUUCUGAUCCUUGGAUUCGUCUCUCUACUUCUUCACGACGUAAUCAAUCUCGUUCAGACUUCUAUAAUAUAGGAGAAGAGUAUGAGGGUGAAGAGGAGUCAAGGCCGGAGUUUCUAUGCCCGUUCUGUGGUGAGGAUUUUGAUAUUGUUGGCCUUUGCUGUCAUAUCGACGACGAGCAUGCUUUUGAGGCUAAGAAUGGGAUAUGCCCUGUUUGUGCAAAAAGGGUCGGGGUGAAUUUGGUUGGGCAUAUUACUCAGCAACAUGGAAAUAUUCUAAAGGUGCAGCGCAAGAGACGAUUUCGAAGGGGUGGAUCUAAUUCAACUCUUUCUAUUUUAAGAAAAGAGCUAAGAGAAGGAAGUCUACAAUCCAUCCUCAGGGGAUCCUCACACUUGGUUUCUUCCUCCACUACAGAUCCUGAUCCCUUGUUAUCUUCGUUCAUUAACAGUUCGGCUUUGGUCGAUGAACCUCCCGAAGUUCAACCUCUGUCCCCUGCUAAAGCAUACUCAACACAAGAAAGCACUGUUGAUAAUUUGUCUGACAGAAAUCUUCAGCCAUCUCCACUAUCUGAGGAAGAUCAAGAAGAGAAGGCUAGAAAAAGUAAGUUUGUGCAAGGGCUUUUGCUAUCGACUUUUCUUGAAGACGACUUCUAAUUUAAUAGAGGAUUUGCAUGUCGUAGCUAUUAUAUAAUAACUUGUAAUGUAGCUCGGUGAAAGAAAGAGAUGCUGCCAUUCUGUAGUAGUUAGGUCAAGAUGAACUCUGAAAGUAGUCCUCGUGUAUGUAGUUAUGUAUGUAUAUAAUAAAGACUGUAUUACUUUUCCACGUUCGACAGUAUGCAAUAUAUUUCUAA